AUGGGCAUGCCCCUCCGUCCCGCCUCCGCAAUCUUCUGUCUCUGCAGCCUCGAUACACGAGUUGCAGCCCGCGCUGCGCAGCUUUUUCUCGAUGGCUACGGCGAUUAUCUGAUAUACUCAGGUGGUGCAGGAAAGCUCACCGAAGAUCGCUUCUCUGAGCCAGAAGCCGAGGUGUUUGCAAACAUUGCUCGCAAGAUGGGCGUGCCAAACGACAAGAUCGUCGUGGAGCCGCUGUCGAGUAACACCGGCGAGAAUGUUCGCUUUACCCACGCCCUCCUUGAAGAAAAGGGCUUGAAGGCAGAGAGUUUUGUUUUGGUGCAGAAGCCGUACAUGGAGAGGCGCACGUAUGCUACGUUCAGGAAGCAGUGGCCGGACGACCAGACGGCGUUCACGGUCACAAGCCCGCAACUGGAUUUUGACGAGUACUUCGACGCAGAGAAUCCCAAGGAACUGGUUGUGAACAUCAUGGUUGGGGAUCUUGUUAGAAUUCGGGAAUAUCCGCCCAAAGGAUUCCAGAUUGAGCAGGAGAUUCCGGCUGAAGUUUGGGAUGCGAAUUUGAGGCUCAUUGCCGCGGGAUAUGACGGGCAUCUACCUUGA